AUGGGCUGCUGCUGCUGCUGCUCUCGGAAGACAACCGAUGUGCCGGAGAAGUAUGAAGAGAACCGCAGCUGUACCGACGUCAUUUUUGCAGUUCUCUUCAUUGCCGCCUGGGGCGCCUUCAUCGCGCUCGGCGUCAUCGCCUUUAAGGGCGGUGACAUCAAAGCCGUUGUGAAUGGGAACGACUACCUUGGCUAUUACUGCGGCGAAGGUGAAGCGCCGGAGGGCUUCGCUGGAUCUAUUCCCGCCGGAGCGCCGUUUCAAAGCAGCAACUGGGGGGAGAACAAGUACUCCUGGUACCCGGUGCCGCUUUCGAAGGGAGUGAAGGAGGUGCUCAACGUGCCGAGCUACGCAAACCUCGGUGUGUGCGUGCAGACAUGCCCCAGGGUGGACGUUGACGCACUAAAAGAUUUCCUCGAUAACUCCACAGAUCCGAAUCCAGAGUCCUUAGCGCGCAUGACGGUCUAUUCGUACGGCAAGACAACCAUCGACGGCGCCACCGUGAACCCUGCUUCCAAGAUGUAUGUGCUGUACGACACGGCUAAACUGAUCCGCAAGUGCCUACCGUCGGUUGUGCAACCACUGGAGGUGCAGAACGAGUUGGCCCCGUCUCCUGUCGUGGAGAAGGUGUACACCUUUGCCAUGCAGGGCGUGCAUGAGGUGGAGAAUAGUUGGCGCGUCCUUGUUAUUGAGGUGUUCAUUUGCCUGGUGCUGUGCUUCCUUUUCAUUUUCCUGAUGCGGUUCCUCAUUGGCUUCGUGGUGUGGUUCGUGCUGCUGGGCGUCUUCUUCCUGCUGGCUGGCGGUGGCGCUAUUUCCUUCUUCUUGUAUCAUACGAAGGGAGAGAGCUCCUACCUGGAGGUUUCUGGUAUACGCGACUAUGCUACACUCUUUUUGGUUCUGGCCAUUGUGCUAUGGGUGUUGGCGUUAGUUUACCUGUUCAUUAUUCUCUCGCUGUGCUCCAAGGUCCGCCUCGUGUGUGCCAUUAUCAAAAUUGCUGGUCGCGUCUUGGCCUCUGGGCCGCUAAUGCUCGCAGUACCGAUGGUAACCUGCGUGCUCAUCAUCGGUGUGCUGGCGUGGUCAGUUCUUAUUGCCAUCUGUCUCUUCAGCGCGAAGGAGAGGGGUACUGAACUGUCGCUUGUGCCUGUUACAGAUGCGCUGCAGUACGAGGGCGCUCCGGUCGUGAAUGUGAGCGGUACCGAAUUCUACAAAGUCGCGACGGGUGUUCUCAACUCAAAGACGUCGAUGGAGUACCUUAUGAUCGCCGAUCUCUUCGGCUUUCUGUGGACGAUGGGCUUCCUCAGCGCGGUGUGUUUCACAGUCAUCUCCUUUGUCUCCAUCUUCUGGUACUUCUCGAGUCUGGAAGACAGCGAGAAGGCGGUUCCUGCCUGUGGAGUCUGCAAAGCCGUCUGCUGGACGUUGUUCUACCACGCUGGUACCCUUGCACUUGGCUCCCUGCUGGUCGCCAUUGUGCAGACGUUGCGCUUCAUACUCUCGUAUUUCGCGAAGAAGGCGAAGGUGGCAGUGGAGGAUAACCACGUGAUCAGGUGCUUGAUGUGCUACUUGGAGUGCUUCCUCGCCUGCUUUGAACGUGUACUCUCUGUGAUCAACAAGAAUGCGUAUGUGAUGAUGUGUCUGACCUCUCAAUGCUUCUGCGUUGCUGCGUGUAAUGCAAUCGGGCUCAUUCUGAGCUACGCCGUGGAGCUGCUUUUCCUUGGUUGGAUCGUGGAGGUGGUGAUGUUCUUUGGGAAGCUCUUCGUCGUUGGUGGCUGCUGCGUCUCGGGAUACUUCCUCUGCACCGUGUCAUCACUCGCGCCGGAGGUGGAGGUGAAGGUGAUGCCCCUCAUUGUCAUUGCCAUCAUGGCGUACUUUGUCUGCAGCGUCUUCUUCAGUGUCUACAGCUCCUCUGCGGACGCCUUGCUCGUGUGCUACUGCUACGACCGCAAGGUAAACGAGUCUCGCGCCAUGUACUACGUGCCGGCGGAGCUCGAGCACCAGAUCGCCGACUACUCGCAAAAGGACAAGCUGCGCGACUUCAACGCGAGGCAGGAGGCGGCGCACCAGGAGGGGGAGCAGCAGCCGCAUGGCUGA